AUGUGAUGGAUAGGAGGGGCAAUGUGACAAAAGGGAAUGGUGGAAUGGUCACUAUGAAGAGGAGCUGUGGUGCUGAAGGCGCAGCAGAGGACGGAGCGGAGUAGUGGCUGGGGACAGCCGGUGUCCUGUCUGCAAAUCUCCUCUGUCAGAUACAUCAGUUGGGGAAAAAUGGAGGACAAGAGGAAGAAGAGGAGUCCCAAAGUAUGUGUGACCCAAACUUUACCCUCCGGAUCCUUGCGCAAAAUGUCUGCUCCUCCCAGUAAGAGCGCCACCUUCAGCCUGGGGAUCCCUCAUCCUCCCUCCCCAAAACAGAAAAACAAAAUCAAGAGGGUGAUAAAGGAGCGUUUACGACCAUCUGCUGCUUGUGAAGGAGUGACACCAGGGCCCAGCCUACAGCACUCAUUCCUGACAGAUGUAUCACAUGUGUGCGAGAUGGAAGGAGGUCUCCUGAGUCUUCUCAAUGACUUUCACUCUGGGAAACUACAAGCAUUUGGCCAGGUGUGUUCUUUUGAACAGCUGGAACGAGUACGAGAGAUGCAGGAACAGCUGGCACGACUCCAUUUCAGUCUAGACAUCUGUUCAGAGGAGCUAAGAGAGGACACCCAUGCAGAGCGUAACCUGGAGCAACUCCUCAAUAAUCUUGAAGAGCUGAGUAAUUCAAUACAAAAGCUAAAUUUGGCUGAAAACCAGGAGACACCGCCUUCCCCUAGUGACGAUGUGACAGAGAGUCUCCAGUAAAAAAAACAAAAUGCUGAACUCAAACUCAAAACAGUACGGGACUAGCACUCAAGUGCUAACGGAGGCCAACUAAUGGAUUGCGAAGCACACUACUAAGUAAAUUACUCAGGCUCUACAAAACAUAGAGCUUAGUAAAAAGUACAUGGCAGCUUCAGUGUCAGAAAAGACUAGGUCAGGCGUACAUUAGGUGUAGGUGGAGGCACAAAAGCACAAGAGUAGUACAUAUAUGAUUUGUUGGUUGGUAGCGCUGAGAAAAAAGCUGUAAUAAAAUAUGCAACUUCAGAGAACACAGUGGCAUUCUCACAUUCUCUCAGGUUAGUACCUAAACUGUGGCACACUAUUGGUUUUGCAUUGUAGACAGCAGUUAAUGUGAUCUGU